AUGCCAGCCGGCGGUCCCCGCUCUCCGCGGGAUGCGCGGAGAGGAGGACGGCAACGGGGAGUUCCUCGCUCCUCCCGGGAUGCGCCGCCUCGGGCUGCCUCCUCCUCCCUUUCCUCUCUUCACGGCCUCCCCACUGUCGGGAGGUGCCGCCCGACCGUCCCGCUUGCCGUCUCCCGCCCCUUCUCCCCGCACAGGCCCCGCCGACGGCCGGCAAGACCCGGGGGCGGCUGGAGAUUCCGGCCCGGCCUCCUCUCCUCUUCUCUCCCCGGGGCCUGCCGCACGAUCUCCGCGGGGAGACGAGGCCCUGCCCGGCCUGAGCAGCUCCGGGAAGGUCACCGGCAGCGUGCAGCCGGGCGCGGAGCGGCUCCCCCCGGCCCCGCUUCUACAGCCGCCGGCCCAGCCUCAGCCUCAGCGGCCGCUGGGUGCCGCGCUCCGCCCGGGCUCGCUCCGUGCCGCUGCCCGGUGCCGCCUCCGGCUCGGAGUGCCAGGCUGCCCCCUUCCCUUUCUUCCUUCCUUCCUUCCUUCCUUCCUUGCCUCCCGCCCCUUCCCCGCUGCCAGCUUUCCCCCGCCCGGUGCCAGGCUGCCCCCUGCGGGUCUCGCCGCCCACCGCCGGCAGCGCUCCAGUGCCGGCAGAGGGGUGCUCGCCGCCGCCGCUCUGCCCCGGGCUCAGCAGCAGCUGCAGUGACUGUGUGUCUGUGUCAUGUCUGUGCAUGGGCGGGAGGAGGCGCGGCGCCGAGGCGGAGCCAGCCCGCUGCCACGCCGCCCUGUGACAGGCAACGAGCGCCCAACCACCGGCAGCCGCGAACCGCCCGCCUUCACCGAGCGGCGCCCCCGGGCCGCUACACCUGGCCGGGAGGGGCGGAGAGGGGGAAGCCGGCUCCGCACCUCAGUGGGAGGUGUCUGAAGCGCUAUGGGAAGCACAAGCAGGACAGAAAUUCCAGCAGGGGAGCCAGUGUGAACGCAGUUUUGAAGACAUUGAUCCCUUCCUAGGAUGGUAGAGGAAGGAAAGUAGGCACGUGCUUUGGGUACCAAUGUAAGUAAUCAGAAGCAGGAAUAACAGGGAUGCUGUUCAGUGUUUAUUGCUUUCUUUUUCCAGAAUUCCAGGAAGAAUUCUUUUAGAACAGAACAUUGUUCUGUUGCGGAUACCACAGAUGCUAAUUUUUCCUGUUCCAUCAACUGUUUAAAUGCUAUAAUUGAUUCUGAACUUACAUUUUGCAGUAAGUACACUCUACCAAAAUACCGUGAACUCAGAAGCAGAUUAUUCAUGGGAAGAUAUUGUUUGCCAGACUCGAUUAAGGCUUUGGUCCAUCAACCGCAGUGCUCUGCCGCCAGCCAUGCUCACUGCCCGAUGCUCCAGUCAGGAGUGGUAUCAGAUAGUAAAUCAUGAAGUUGAACGUGUCAGUGAUAUCACGUAAGCAUUGCUGACUACAAAUUGACAUAGGAUGACAACUGGGAAAGCCUUUAGGAAAAAAAAAUUAAAAACAAUUCAUAGAAUGGUUUGAGUUGAGAAGGAUCUUGAAUGGCCAUCUGUCCCACGCCCACGUGAUGAGCAGGGGCACCUACAGCUGGAUCAGGGUGCUCAGAGCCCCUCCAGCCUGUCUUUGAAUGUCUCCAGGGAUCCAGCAUCUGCUCUGAGUAACCUGUUUCAGAACCUCACUAUCCUUACUGAAAAAAACUUUAUAUUUAAUCUAAAUCUCCCCUCUUUUAGUUUGAAACCAUUUCUCCUUGCUCUAUCAAUUCAGAGCUGAAUGAUUUUCCAGAGAAGCUAUGAUGACAUACACAUGUUGGUCUCCACAGUUUUCUUGAGCAAAUUGAAGUCAGAAUUGAGCUAUACUGCAGUGAGUUAUUCUGUCCAUUCUCUUAAGAGAAGCAAAAGGAUCACCUAUCAUGUAAUAACGUCUUUAUCUUUUUUUGCACUCGUGAAGGUUUACAACUGCUUUAGCGACAAUCACGAUGAAAGAAUUGCUGGGGAUGUAUGGGGGAGGGACCAAGACUGUAUUACGGUUUCAUUAUUAAGAAAACCACAUUGUCUACUGCCUAUCACUGGGAGUUUGAGCAGAUUCAUAUUUUUUUAGUCUCAUGCUGUGUCCUAGAGAUCUGUGAAUUGUCAGAGUCUGAUCCUACUGAAUGAUUUCUACAGGUUCUUAAAGUUCUUGUCUUCUAUUAGAACACGGAAAUCUCAGCACCCACAAAAAUGCUUAGGUUUUAAGAGCAGCAUGGAUUAAUAGGAUUAGCCAGCGUGUCACCAUAUGUGACAAAUGAUGGAACUUCAUACUGCAACAAACUGUCUUAUUUGAAAUUGCUCUGCACCUGUCAGGUUGCUGUCCUACACAGUUCUUUGAACCCAUGGCAGCAUUAGUCAGACUCUGGCUGAGAGUGAUUACUACCAGGUUAAAAAAGCUAAUGGGUGGGGGGGAACAACUACCUAUAAAGAGAAAGGUUUGUUUUUGUUUUUGUUUUUUUUUUAAUUGUGCUUAUAAGUGAGUAAUCUUUUAAAAUUCAUCAUAAAAACACUUCAUUCGACUUUGUCCUUGAAGACUUGAAGGAGCAAUUGCUUUGGGCAUCGAGUAAACAGCUGAUGCGGAAGGGUCCUUAGCCCAGGAUAGCUAAACAAAACAAAACAAAAAAAAGCUGCAAACAUUUACAUUUCAAAUUUCAUUUAGCCAGAAAGAAGCUUUCUCCAGAAGCUACACAGAUUCUGGAACAGGAGGUCUCCUAACAUUUUUUUAAAAAGUAAAACAUGUGGUAAUGCCAAGUAAAUGUUUUGUAAACAUGAACAUGUAUAAGGUUCAAAGCUUUAACAGUCACAUUAAUGAAAAAUAGACAAACCAGACUUUUUUUUUUUUUUUUUUUUAAUAGGAACAUGUCUAUUUUGAGAUUACAUAAGUUUUUUAAAAAUACUGUAGGGAUUAUCUCUAAUGUGCAUUACAUUAAAUUAUACAGCUGUAGAAUUAUCACACAAGAGUUUGAGCUUGUUCUUUCUUUUUCCCUUACUGGAACAAGAGAUAAAGGCAUAAGAGUGCAUGUAUUCAGACAGGUUAUAGUACUUUCACAGUAGCAAAACAUCACUGAGCACAGUAAGACUGUGUCUGUUCAUAAGGCCUUGAAAAUUUACACAUUAGCUGAGUUUCUAUGAGAACAAAAUUAUUUCCAGUAUAAUCAUUUGAUGUGAAAGGAAGGAUGGGUUUUAAGGUCCAUAAAUAUUCAAGCUAAGAGCGUACAUGGAGUUCAUCUCCUGUUGAGACCAAUGAAGUCUUUUUUACAUUCUUACAGUUGCUUCAUUGUUCUAGAUGAAGUCAACAAGUAUGAGCUCUUUUGAGAAAAAAGACAGUGCUUUGUUCAUCAAGUGACAUACAAAUGCUUUACUGCUUUAUUAGUGCAUUAAUUGCUAGCUUCAAUAGUGGCUAAAAUAUUCUUGAAAACUACACAGGUGUCUCUGCCCAAAUUCCUCCACAGGCACUCCUUUGAUUAAUGGGCAUUUUAAAUACAUGGUAAGACUGGUGCUGCUGUGUCACACUCAAGAUUUUGGACAUGCAUGGACAAAAGAAAGUUAUCCAUGAGCUGCUUUUGUGUGGAGUUAGUGGAAUAGCUACUUUUGCAUAGAAGUUAGGAUAUUGUCACAGGGAACCAGAGGCUGGCUGGACUGUGUUAACUGAUGCACUUCAGCGCAGAAGGUUAGGACUCUUUGUUCAUAAAUCUUCAUUCUUGACUUCUAGAUGUGAAACUGCAUGAUUGUUAAUGAUAUCAGUACAAAGAGCAAGACUAAAAGUCUGAAGCAAGUCCCAGUCUGUGAGAUUCUUCUUAUCAUCUGCUGCUACAAUGAACACAGGGCUACUGAAGGACCGACUGCCCAACAUCUCUCGUAGUAGGAAAGGUAUUUUAGACAGGAAAUGACAGAGAUAUAAUCUUUAUAAAAACAAGUGUCUAGUUCUUGAGUGUAAAAUGGAAACUCCAUUACAUACGCUCUCCCUUAUGGACACUAAAUUAAAUUUUAAUUCAGAAUUUCCUGUGCACGUAACAAAAAAAAAUGAAAAAGAAAACAAAAAAAUAAACCACUGCACAAAAAAAACCAAACCAACCCAGCCCUUGUGGCUAUAACAACUGCGGAAAAAAACAUGACCCUCUAAAAAUUCAUGCCUUUAAGUGAAUAGAAAACAUCAUGAAAACCUAAAACAUUUAGAAUGCAGAGGAAAAUAAAUUAUUAAACAGAAAUGUUUGUCUUCUAUGCCAAAGUCAAUUUCUGACAAUAAUCUGAAUAUUUUGUGAUAAAUCAUGUUGAAUUUCAUACACGUUUCUCCUGGAAUUCAGUUGUGCUUCUAACCCAAAAAGGAAAAUGUAAACAUCUCUACUGGCAUCUUAGGUAAGUGUACGAUGCUACAAUCUAAGAAAAGAUGAAGGAGAGGGGUAUUUUUCUCUACUUAUCUUUGUACCAGAGAAAAGUGUUUAUAGAUUUUCUGUUUUAUUGUUGCUGUCAGUUACUAAUUUCCCUUUGUUAUGACUUAGUUAAGUGGAGAAUAGUUGUUUUUUUGGUUGUUUGUUUUUAAUCUGUUUUGUUUUUAAAAGAAGGAGUAGUGCUUUUAAAACCAUAACAAAUAGUGGUAAGAAGUAGAACAGUAAGUAUGCACAACCUUAAUUUUGUGAAGCUAAUCUAAUUUGGUAUUAUUUUUUUUAAGUUGAGAUCUACCAAGAUGAUCAAGUCAGUUCUACAUUGCUACUUACUGAUGACUUUUUUGCUAAUCUGUCACGUACAACUCAGAAAAGAAUUUGUUUUUUACUCCAUAAAGUUUACACCAGUGUUUCCAGAGAUCUCAGUAACUCAGUAAGUAUAUCCUAUUAAAUGAGUAACAAGUGCCAUGUUCGAAAUGAUAUGCUUUUGGUUCGUGGGGUUUUUUUUUUGAUGUUGUUUUGUUUCUGAUGUAGUCUUCAUUAUAUGCUACUCGCAGUGAAGUUCUGGAUAAUAUACAAUAGCAUAAUUUGUCUGUAUUAACAUGUAUCCUUCCAUUUACAGAAGCUUCUAGUUAAAAAAAAGUGACACUGGACAAACUUUAAGUAUCUUUGAAUUUGCUUAGCCAGGAAAAUGAAAUUGACCCUGAUACUCUUACAGCCUAAAUCAAGGAGGAGCAAGGCUCUGGUGUCUCACAAAGGUAAAGUUACAGCCAGACAACCCCACGGAGUGUCAGAGAAGAAAGGUUUGUAAUGAUGGCAGCAAGGUUUCCAUAGAGGAUGUCAACUUGGAAGAAAAAUACUGGUCUGAAAAUGCUACGUGCUGUAAUUUAAGUUUCAAGCUGAGAUGGAUGGAAAGCUCACACUGAGAAGGAAGGAUGAUGGGGUUGCUACUGGACUAGCAGCUGUGUUAAAGAAUAAAGAACUGAAAGAGGGAGCUGCUGCAUCCUCAAAGGCUUUUAAUGGACCGUUGCCCCCCCGUCAGAAUCAAAGACACAGAGAAGUGAAGUGUUGUGAUCAAAGACGUACAUCAUGUGUCUGAAAUGGAAUCCAGGAAAUGCAAAUUCAACUGGCACAAAGGACUGUCACCUCUUUGCUCUGGUUAUGUGCAUCUCUAAAUUAGCUGUUAGAUAAUUUUGCCACUUCACUGAACUUUUGCCCAUUGUGCACCGAAGGCAUUUAUUCUUCCUUGUCCAGGAAGAAAGGCUUUAGUAGUAGUUAUGAAGAUAAAAGAGAGAAUAAAGCUCCCAUGCUAAUCUUAUGUUUUGUGUGUUUUCUUAUUAGACUAUAAAAGUGAUGUUCCCAAAGGUGUGGAGUCAGGGAUAUUUUAAAACUGCUGAUGAGCAUCAUUCCAUUGCUAACUUAAGUAGAUUUACCCAAUGCAAAAGGCAGUUUGUUCUAUUACGAAAUCAAUUCCUACUGCAUAGAGGCAUAACAGGAAGGUGUAACAUCAACUGCAUCAACUACUGUAAUAGUGAAGUUGGUCUCCUGGUUUUCUCUUGUAAAGUUUUUGGAGAUCUACUUAUGAAAAAUGCAGCAGAGGCAGGUAAUGUACUGUUUUUCCAUAGUUCAAUUGCUUCUGUCUGCGCUGGCAGAUACUCCUCUCAGCCCAUUAAAAUAUGAGAUUGAAAGGAUGCUAUCAAUUCAGAAUACUUCUCCUUUAGCUGCGAUCGUAACAACA